AACCAAACAGGUUCUCUAAUUGCCUCUCGCUAUGAUCCGGAACAGGAACGAGCAGCUCCCGCUCUGCCGCGUGAAAUAUUCCUUCCUCGUCACCGUUCGGUCCAGUUACAGGCUGCUUCAUGGACAGCAGAAUCCCACCCAGAUGUAGCAAGGUCGUUUUCCAAUGUCCGGAAGCCAUCGGACAUAGGCGAGGAACAUCUGAAGACGCUCAAUCUUUCGUGGACGCAGGUGGAAAAGAUCGAGCAGAUAUGCAAUUCUCCAUCAAUCCCGCCAGUGGAAUGGCUGGGGCCGCCCCAGCCUGCAUCAACGCCUUCUACACAUUCACCACGGCUUAGUGAUGGUCGUACGGCGCCGCAGCAUCGAGACUUCCAUGGCAGGAUUAAAGAAUUCCAGGUACCGAACAGUACAGCGUACUCCGUCCUGUCAAGGAAAGCCCAGGGAGGAGCUCCAGCGCCGCGACUUAGUCAUAGUCGCCGCUUUUGGGAAGCUCUCGACGAGAGUGCCUAUUAUUGGGACACUACUCAGGAUCAUUACAUCCCCCCAAGGGGGGAACUAGACGGGAGCCAUGAGGCUUCUCCGCCUGGCUCCACUGUUGGCGCUGAAGACUCUAGUACCGAAGCGACAGCGCAGGCGUCUGAUAUCCAUCCCCAGAAAAAGCAAAAACCGUCGCCUGUGACUCCGUCACCUAGCGCAACGCAAAGCCCAUUUCCUCCCCUUACCGCCCUUAAUUCGAAUGCAAGUACGCCCUCCGGGCCGUCGUCGGGCACAACUUCCCACCAAGCAGUCGCUGCGAGAGGCCUGCCUCGUGGUACAAUGUAUACGGGCUACCGUAUCUCCUCGCCUACAGAAGUCCCCAUGAACGCACUGCCCGCUCUUAUUCGGGGCUUCAUGGAGCCUAUUGCCUGGGCUCAUGGCCUGUCGGUGACAACCCCGCGCCGUGCUCCUGUUGUGAAGCUGGGAUCUGUGCUCUGGCCCGUGCGCCUCACACACGGCAUCUACCGGCCCGAUACGGAUCGAGUCCGAGCCAGGGCUGGUUGGAUUAAAGGACCUAUUAUAGGCGUAAGAUGCGCGGACGCUGGCGAGAACCAAACCGAUGGCCUUUCUUCGAAGGAAGAAAUCCUGGAGCUCGUCCGCGACUUCGGUGUCCUACUACUACUCGCUCAAGAGCGCGCUAGGGAGAAAGAUUGGGAAGGGAAGCGACCUGGCGAGGGGAUGUGGUGGACGACCACCCCGCGCUGGGGUGGGGGGCCUGGUGGCGAAAUGGGGGAAGGGUUAAGUGACGAGGAAAUCAAGAAUGGAGCCACGGAAGCUGGCGCCGGCGCUGCAAACAACGAGAAAUCGAGCUCGGAUGCUAAAGCAGCGGAGAAGCAAAAGAAAUCCCAAUCUGCGGCGGAGAGGCGCAAGCUGGCAGCAUUAGAGGCUUGGAAGACCUUGAGGCCUAGCCAACCAUAUUGGGACAUCAAAACGGUGUACGAGGCGAUCGGGAAGCCAGACGAGAAGGAUUGGGACGAGGUCUACCUCCUCUCUGCGGUUCACUCGCACAUUUCGAUCCUGCGUCUCCGCGUGCAUCGGGCUUACGUCGCGUUCUUGACCUCCGGCCAAUUCCCGAACCCGGUGCCUGAAGAUCCAGAUUGGUGCCGACCCACGCUGAAACGCACGCAAUGGUUCGACAUGUUCAACAUGGUCGAGCGAAUCGAAGCAGUGAGAGCGACGUGGGGUGUUUUGAGUUGGCUGACGCGGAGUCGGGAGGAUAGUGACGUGGAGAUGAAGGGUACUUGA